CCCAUGUUGACGCCGCGGAAAUCGGAUGGAGAUUCCAACCCCGAACAACUUCAAACCCAUCUUGCUUCGGGAGAACCAACACAACCAGAGAAGAUCCCUGUUGCUACUUUACCGGCUUUGUACACGUUGCUUUGAUAGACGGUACUUGGACCGAACCGCCGGGAACUGUGCUCUUUCCCGAGCGGAACGCGAUUUGCCGGCCUCGCCACGACCCUUACAAGCCAUCUCAACUGGUGAAAAGCCAGGCUCAAUAAAGCCAAUUCUGCAGCUAGAUUCACCCAUUGUUUCGAUUCUUACGAGCCGAAAGUCCAGGAACAUCAUCCCCAGCGUCUGAAGCAACACUCGUCCUCGUUGCUAACCCGGUCACGGACCGCUCCAACCACUGCGGAUUCGAACACAGCUCCUCCCCUUCAGAACUACUAGCACACACGGGCUUCACAUUUGGGGCUUUCGACGAGCGAACAAUCACAUCACCAUGUCGGCCAACGCUGCGUCCUCCAAGGACCACAAGGUCAAGGAGCCCCAGCCCGGCCAGCCAAUGUAUGGAUGUGAGCAUGUCGGCCGUCUCUUUAACCAAGAUCAAGCGACGAUCAACAUGUCCAUACAACAUUACAAGACCAUUCUGCGAGCCAUCUUCGACAUCAACCCUAUCCUGUCACACACGGCCAAGGGCGUAGAUGGCCAGGUUGUAACAUCCAUUACCCCAACCUACCUCUGUCUGCAAUGCCCCUCGACUCUCACCGACGAUGACCUUACAAAACACGGCAACAAAAAAUCACAUCGCUUCUAUGUUGAGUCGAGGAGCGGAGCGGUGUAUUGCCAAAUGUGUGAUGAUAUUGUGUGGGACCCUACCUUUGAGGAUUUGAGGUUAAAGAAGCUCGGCACAGGGUCGUUUUUCGGUAGCCGAAAGCGUAAACAUGAGGAACUCUUCGCCCCUGAUCCCGUAAAAGACGCUCCCCAGUAUAUAUCGACCAACACCACCCUCGCCACCUGCAAGGCUAACGGUCUCCGUGGUAUCUAUAAUGCCGGAGCAACUUGCUAUCAAAACGUUGUCCUCCAAUCAUUCCUCCACAAUCCCAUACUACGCAACUUCUACCUGAGUGAUGGGCAUCAGUCAGGCAGUUGCGACACACCCCAUUGCCUCAGUUGUGCCAUGGACGAUAUGUUCCAGGAAUUUUAUGCCAGCGAAACGACGAACGGUUAUACCGCCGCAAAUAUCUUGUCCGGAUUCUGGAUCAGCGAGAACAAGGCGUUUGAGAACUUGGUAGCCAACAAGGAGCAAGAUGCUCAUGAGUUUUUCCAGUUCAUGGCUGAGGAAUUACACGAGAGAAAUGGCGACGGCAAGAGACCGGAAAUUGGCAGUGAGCAUACCUGCAACUGCAUCAUCCACCAAACAUACUACGGAAAGUUACAGACGUCCACAACGUGCCAAAACUGUGGGGGCGUCACCAAUCAAGCCCAGAGCUUUUUGGAUCUCAGUGUUCCCUUGGAAAAUUUGACGCAAAAAAGGGGCAAGAAGAACUUGACGAAUGGCGACGGGGUCGCAUCGACAAGAACGCAAAACAGCGUGACUCUCCAGGAAUGCUUGGACGAAGAAUACAUCAAAUCCGAUAAGUGCGAGUAUCGGUGUCAGAACUGCAAUUCAGUACAGCAAGCAAGAAGACAGACCAGUAUCAAGAAAUUACCCAACGUUCUUUCUAUCCAGCUCAAGAGGUUCGAGUUCAAACAAGGGCGUAAUGAUCGUGCCCAGAAGAUCGAGACACCUGUCCAGUUUCCUUUACAACUCAACAUGCUGCCUUAUACGACACGCGCACGAACACAGGAUCUCAAAGAUAACUACGAGCUACAGCGGUCCUGCACUUACGAUCUUCUAUGCGUUGUUGUGCACGUUGGCGACAUGGAUACCGGACACUACAUUUCUUAUUGCCGGGUUGGCGACCAGUGGUUCGCAUUUAACGAUCACAAAGUUGAACUGGCCCAGAAGUCUGAUGUGCUAAACGCAAAGGCCUAUCUUCUCUUUUACAUUGUUCGGUCCCUGUCUUGAGCUCGGAUAAACGGUGUACGAGUAGGGGCAAGUAAGCAGCAAAUAUUUUUUUCCUGUGUAUGAUGUUGUUUCCAGUAAACACGUGCCAGAUGGCUCAUUUACGUUUUGUACACUACUUGAUCUUUUUGCGGCGUUCAAGGAAGCAUAUUUUGCCGGCGUAUUUUGGAUUUGCCUUUGUUCAUGGAGCGUACAUGGAGAGGAUUCACAUAGACAUAACUCAGGCCAAAGCAUGGGCCUGGAUUUUUAGAGAAUGGAGGACGUACGCCGUGGGCGUUGUCAUGCGUUAUGGGUAUUCAUAUGUAUCAUGCAAAGUCGGUCUGCCUCAUGCAGCGGAAUAACAUCAUGCCUUUAGCUGGCCUUGUUCCCUGA